AGAGAAUGAGGGGAGUAAAGAGGAGGAACAUCAUGUCAAAAUUGAGGAAAAAACCCAUUUUCAGACUGAUGGUAUUUUGAAAAGGAGAGACAAGAAUCGUUGCACCUGCACUCAGUGUGGAAAGACGUUGGCAAGCAAAAGCAAACUUAAGAUUCACAUGAUGAACCACACUGGAGAGAAACCAUUCACAUGCACUCAGUGUGGGAAGAGUUUUAGCCAAUCAUCACACCUCAAUCGACACACGAGGAUCCACACUGGAGAGAAACCAUUCACAUGCAUUCUAUGUGGGAAGAGUUUUAACUGCUCAUCACACCUUAAUCUACACAUGAGGAUCCACACGGGAGAGAAACCAUUCACAUGCACUCGGUGUGGGAAGAGUUUUAGCCAAUCAUCAUCCCUUAAUCAACACAUGAUGAUCCACACUGGAGAGAAACCAUUUACAUGCACUCAGUGUGGAAAGAGUUUUAACUGCUCAUCACACCUUAAUCUACACACGAGGAUCCACACUGGAGAGAAACCAUUCACAUGCACUCAAUGUGGGAAGACUUUCAGCCAAUCAUCAUCCCUUAAUCUACAUGUGAUGAGCCACACUGGUGACAAACCAUUCACAUGCACUCAAUGUGGGAAAAGUUUUAGUCUGUCAUCAUCCCUUAAUCUACACAUAAGGAUCCACACUGGAGAGAAACCAUUCACAUGCACUCAGUGUGGGAAGAGUUUUAGCCGAUCAUCACACCUUAAUCAACACAUGAUGAUCCACACUGGAGAGAAACCAUUCACUUGCACUCAGUGUGGGAAGAGUUUCAGCUGCUCAUCAUCUCUUAAUAAACACAUGAGGAUCCACACUGGAGAGAAACCAUUCACUUGCACUCAGUGUAGGAAGAGUUUCAGCUGCUCAUCAUCUCUUAAUCAACACACGAGGAUCCACACUGGAGAGAAACCAUUCACAUGCACUCAGUGUGGAAAGAGUUUUAACUGCUUAUCACACCUUAAUAAACACAUGAGGGUCCACACUGGAGAGAAACCAUUCACAUGCACUCAGUGUGGGAAGAGUUUCAGCCAAUCAUCAUCACUUAAUCAACACAUGAGGAUCCACACUGGAGAGAAACCAUUCAUAUGCACUCAGUGUGGGAAGAGUUUUAACUCCUCAUCACACCUUAAUAAACACACGAGGAUCCACACUGGAGAGAAACCAUUCACAUGCUCUCAAUGUGGGAAAAGUUUCAGCCGAUCAUCAUCCCUUAAUCUACACAGGAUGAGCCACACUGACAAGAAACCAUUUACUUGCACUUAAGCCGCGGUCACACUGG